UGAAACUGGGGGCGCCCUGCCGAGCCCUGCAGGCCCGGGGAGCCUCAGCUCUGGGAGACCGCCCUGCCUUGAUAGAGGGAGGGUUCGUAGCCAACCCUCAGGUCCCCAGGUACAGACCCUUCUCCUCCAUCUUGACAUUCACAAGGGCUUUACUGCGGCAGAGCAUGGCAGUGUCGAGAGUUCCUGGAGGCCUGGGUCCCCUGGCGUGACUGGACAUGUUCCUGGGGCUGACCACUCCCCAUCAUGUAUAGGGCAGGGGAGCCAGCGAAGAGGCUGCCCCCUGGGCCCGCGCCCCCUUGCAUGCGCAGCGUGGAGGUGGCCCGCGGCCGCGCUGGCUAUGGCUUCACGCUCUCGGGGCAGGCACCCUGCGUGCUGAGUGGGGUCCUGCGGGGCAGCCCUGCGGACUUCGUCGGCCUCCGUGCUGGGGACCAGAUCUUCGCCAUCAAUGAGAUCAACGUGAAGAGGGCCUCGCAUGAGGACGUGGUGAAGCUCAUCGGGAAGUGCUCUGGGGUGCUGCGCCUGGUCAUCGGGGAGGGCUCUGGCCACCCCGAGGCCUGCUCCAGCGAUGAUGAGGGCGGAGUCUGGGAGGGCAGGGGCUGGCUGCGGCCCAAGCUCGACUCCAAGGCCCUGGGGAUAAACAGGGCGGAGAGGGUCGUGGAGGAGAUGCAGUCCGGUGGGAUUUUCAGCAUGAUUUUUGAAAACCCGAGUCUGUGCUCCAGUGGCCUGGAGCCCUUGAAGGGAAAGCAGAGGUCCCUGUCGGAGUCGGCCGCCACGUGGCCAGAGGACAGUCCCAGCGCCGUGCACCCCGGCCUGCUCUCCACGGAGGAGGUGGCGAGGAUGAUCCACGACGACGUCUUCAGCACUGGCCCUGAGAACCCGGACAGCUUUGUGCUGGACGCCAGCAUCCUGAACGUGGCCAUGGUCGUGGGCUACCUGGGCUCCAUUGAGCUGCCCUCCACCAGUUCCAACCUGGAGUCCGACAGCCUGCAGGCCAUCCGCGGCUGCAUGCGGCGCCUGCGGGCUGAGCAGAAGAUCCACUCGCUGGUCACCAUGAAGGUCAUGCACGACCGCGUGCUGCUGUGCUCCGACAAGGCCUGUGUGGUGGCCGAGUACCCGGCUGAGAAGCUGGCUUUCAGCGCCGUAUGCCCAGACGACAGGCGGUUCUUUGGGCUGGUGACCAUGCAGAUGAAUGACGACGGGAGCCUGGCGCCGGGCGAGGAGUGCGCCCUGCGGACGUCCUGCCACGUGUUCAUGGUGGACCCUGACCUGUUCCACCACAAGAUCCACCAGGGCAUUGCGCGGCGCUUCGGCUUCGCGUGCACGGCCGACCCCGACACCAGCGGCUGCCUGGAGUUCCCGGCGUCCUCGCUGCCGGUGCUGCAGUUCGUCUCUGUGCUGUACCGGGACAUGGGUGAGCUCAUCGAGGGCGUCCGGGCCCGCGCCUUCCUGGAUGGCGAUGUCGACGCCCAGCAGAACAACAGCACCAGCAGCAACAGCGACAGCGGCAUCGGGAACUUCGCCCAGGAGGAGAAGAGCAACCGGGUGCUCGUGGUGGACCUGGGCGGGGCCUCGAGCAGGCACGGCCCGGGCAGUGGUGGCGGCUGGGAGGGCACGGGUGCGAGGAGCUCUCAGCCCGGGGCCGGCUCCUGGACCAGGGCCUUGAGCCUCGACCCCGAGGGGGGCGCCUUGCUGGAGGCCGGCUCGCACACAGACCGGCUCUGGGACCUGAGCAAGCCCCUGGGGCCAGCCUCGCUGGGGGAGGGCGCCCCCGCCUCGCUUCGCAGUUCCGUCCCUCCUUCCAAGCGGGGCGCCGCUGGCUCCAGCUGCGGGCUCGGCCAGAGGUGGCUGCCAGUGCAUGUGCUCCAGGAGUGGCAGUGCGGCCACGCCAGUGACCAGGAGUCCUACACAGACUCCACGGACGGCUGGUCCAGCGUCAACUGCGGCACACUGCCACCCCCCAUGAGCAAGAUCCCUGCGGACCGCUACCGGGUGGAGGGCAGCUUUGUGCAGGCCCCACUGAGCACCCAGAAGCGGGACUGGGCCAGGAAGGCUUUCGGGAUGCAGAACCUCUUCGGGCCCCCUCGAAACCUCAGGAAGACCAAAGAGGACCGAAAGGGCUCCAGGUUCGGGCGGGGAAUUGGACUUGUGCAGACGUCUCAGCACACGUCUGCCCGCAGAUCCUUUGGGAGGUCCAAGAGGUUCAGCAUCACCCGCUCUCUCGAUGACCUCGAGUCUGCAACUGUGUCUGAUGGGGAGCUGACGGGUGCCGACCUGAAGGACUGUGUGAGCAGCAACAGCCUGAGCAGCAAUGCCAGCCUCCCCAGUGUGCAGAGCUGCCGGCGCCUGCGCGAGAGGAGGGUUGCCAGCUGGGCUGUGUCCUUCGAGCGCCUGCUGCAGGACCCUGUUGGCAUCCGUUACUUCUCUGACUUUCUAAGGAAGGAAUUCAGUGAGGAAAACAUUCUGUUCUGGCAGGCCUGUGAAUAUUUUAAUCAUGUUCCUGCACACGACAAGAAAGAGCUCUCCUGCAGGGCCCGGGAGAUUUUCAGCAAGUUCCUGUGCAGCAAAGCCACCACCCCCGUCAACAUCGACAGCCAGGCCCAGCUGGCGGAUGACAUCCUCAAUGCACCGCACCCAGACAUGUUCAAGGAACAACAGCUGCAGAUUUUCAACCUGAUGAAGUUUGACAGCUACACGCGCUUUCUGAAGUCGCAGCUGUACCAGGAGUGCAUCCUGGCGGAGGUGGAGGGCCGGGCCCUCCCAGAUGCCCAGCAGGUGCCCAGCAGCCCAGCCUCCAAGCGCAGCAUUGGCUCUGAUCACUCCAGCGCGUCCACGCCCAAAAAGCUGAGCGGGAAGUCGAAGUCGGGAAGAUCCCUGAAUGAAGACGCGGGGGACGAGGACAGCGAGAAGAAGCGCAAAGGGGCCUUCUUCUCCUGGUCGAGGAGCAGGAGCACAGGGCGGUCCCAGAAGAAGAAGGAGCCCAGUGACCACACCCAGGACGCCCUUCCUGCCAACGGGAGCUUGUGCCGCCGCGAGUCCCAGGGCUCCGUGUCCUCCACAGGCAGCCUGGACCUGCCAGAGGCCUGCAGGACCCUGGUGCCAGAGAGGGACAAGGCUGCCAAGCACUGCUGCAUCCACCUCCCGGACGGGACGUCCUGCGUGGUGGCCGUCAAGUCGGGCUUCUCCAUCAAGGAGAUCCUGUCGGGCCUCUGCGAGCGGCAGGGCAUCAAUGGGGCGGCGGUGGACCUCUUCCUGGUGGGCGGGGACAAGCCUCUGGUGCUGCAUCAGGACAGCAGCAUCCUGGCAUCAAGGGACCUGCGUCUGGAGAAGCGCACUUUGUUUCGGCUGGACCUUGUUCCGAUCAACCGCUCUGUGGGACUCAAGGCCAAGCCCACGAAACCUGUCACGGAGGUGCUCCGGCCAGUGGUGGCCAAGUACGGCCUGGACCUGGGCCACCUGCUGGUGAGGCUGAGUGGAGAGAAGGAGCCCCUGGACCUCGGAGCCCCGAUAUCAAGCCUGGAUGGACAGCGGGUCGUCCUGGAGGAGAGGGACCCCACCAGAGGCAGAGAUAAGCAGAAGGGCACCCCGGCCAAGCCCAGUGCGGCCGCCAGCUCCGGUCCCAGAAACCACUCGGCUACGGGAGAGGAAAGAACACUAGGCAAGUCUAAUUCUAUUAAAAUAAAAGGAGAAAAUGGAAAAAAUGCUAGGGAUCCCCGGCUUUCAAAGAGAGAAGAAUCUAUUGCAAAGAUUGGGAAAAAAAAAUAUCAGAAAAUUAAUUUGGACGAAGCAGAGGAGUUUUUUGAGCUCAUUUCCAAAGCUCAGAGCAACAGAGCAGAUGACCAGCGUGGGCUGCUAAGGAAGGAAGACCUGGUGUUGCCUGAGUUUCUCCGCUUACCUCCUGGCUGCACCGAACUCGCCCUUUGUAGCCCAGCCCCCGCCAAGGGCUUUAGCAAGAGACCUGAAACCACAGGCCACAGCGGGGAGAAGGUGGCCCUGCCCAGCAACAGCCCCACCACCAGCCCCGGCUCAGCCCAGAGCCCCGGCUCGGCGCACAGCCCCCCUGGGCCUCCUGGGGCCACCCCACCCGGGCAGAAGGCGCAGGAGGGCGCCACACAGGUCUGGAGGAGGCAGUCUCGGGAAGUCGAGGCCGGGUGCAUCCAGACGGAGGACGAGUCGGGGGCCGACCUGACCCUGGUGGGGGAGGGGGACAUCAGCAGCCCCAACAGCACGUUGCUGCCGCCGCCCCCCAGCCCCCAGGAUGCACCGGGGCCUCCGAGACCAGGUACCUCUGGGUUCUGACCCUGUACCCCGGCCCUGCCCUUCCUGCUGCCUGAGGCGUGGACACUUGGUGUCCAGUGAGGGCACAGCCGUGGUGAUGGCUCUGCCCGGCACUUCCCUCUGCCGAUGCCCUGUGUGGGGUGCUGCUGCCUCCGCUGGUGCGUGACAGCCUCGGUGCUUCUGUGGAAGGAGAGCUGGGUGGCAGCUGGGGCUGCCCAGGGGUGUCCCUAGGGGCUCAGGCAGAGGGACCAGAGUGGAGUGGCCCCUGCAGGGUGCCAGGGCCCGGGAGGCAGGGGGUCAAGGACCCUGAGCGUGGCCGGGCCUUCUGCAAGUGUGGGUGUCCGCCUAAGCCUGUGAAGCUGGCACCUUCAGUGUUUCAGUCUCGAGAUGGCAAGAGCACAGAGUUUGUCUUGAGCGAGCAAGCCCAGCCCCUGUGGCCUAUGGAGGACCCACAUGCCCACCAUGAACUGGGCCCUGGGCAGGCCCCCUGCCUCAGUGGUACCCACCGCCCUCAGCACAGCCGGCUUUGGGGGUGGAGUGGAGACAUUCAGUGUGCGUGGCAGUGGACAGCAGGGCCAGGCAGCAGAGUCCCAGCAGCCUCGGCCUGGACGUGCAGGCUGGGAGCAUCAGGCCCUGCACACGGCUGCAGAGCUGCCCGCUCGGGAGGCGAGCGCCUCUCAGCACAGGCUUCCUGGGGCACGCAGGGAGGGGCCCUGCACCCAGUGUCAGGCCGUGGCCUGCUGUGGGGUGACAGCAGAGGUCCCCUCCCCUACCCGGUCGGAGGCCCAGGACGACCUCAGCGGGCCGGGCGGCCGCUCCCAAUGCAUGUUCCCUGUACCUGCACACAGCGGGCACUUUGGCGGGCAUAGCUGUGGGCGGCGGGCAGCCAGUCUGGCAGCCUGGUGGCCACGCUGCUCUCCGUGCCUGUGUAGGUGCCCGUGUGUGGUUUCUACCUGCGUCUUCUGUCUGUUCUUCCAACAGUAAUAAACUCUCGUCUCUCACUGGA